CAGCCCAAAGGAGUACUGACAUUCAUUUGGACCACAUUAUGGCCCCAGCAGCCAUGCCUAUGACCAAGGGGGGUUCCCAGGGAUCUGCCACCUUCAAGCUGGACCUUGUGUCGUCUCCCAAAAUUACCAAGAAGCGGCAGAACAAGGAGCCCAGUCUCUUGAACGGAAACUCUUCAGCGUCGUCGAAGAAGACCAAGGGCAUAACAGCAUUCCAGACAUUGAUUCACCUGGUCAAAGGCAACAUGGGCACAGGGAUCCUGGGACUUCCCCUGGCUGUGAAGAAUGCGGGCAUCUUGAUGGGCCCGCUCAGUUUGCUGAUGAUGGGCCUCAUCCCCUGCCACUGUAUGCACAUCCUGAUCCUGGUCAGGUGUGCCCAGCACUUCUGCCGCAGACUCAACAAGCCCUUCAUGGACUAUGGGGACACCGUGAUGCAUGGACUAGAAGCCAGUCCCAGCACCUGGCUCCAAAGCCACGCCCACUGGGGAAGGCACAUCGUGAGCUUCUUCCUCAUCAUCACACAGCUGGGCUUCUGCUGUGUGUACGUUGUAUUUCUGGCUGACAAUUUAAAACAGGUAUGCUCUCCUAGAGGGGAGGGUUCGGGAAGGGAGGGGGGGCGAGGAGAACGAAGUUUCUCUCCCAGUCGUUUGCCUCACACAUUUCUUCAUCUGAGUCCUAGUGGACUCAUCGUUAUAGAACAGGAAAGGAGCACAGGAAUUCCAGACCCCAGCCAGUUACCACUGGUAGCAAACUGGAAGACCUAUCCGCUCUUCUUUGGAACGGCCAUUUUUUCAUUUGAAAGCAUCGGCGUGGUCCUGCCUCUGGAAAACAAGAUGAAGGAUCCCCGCCACUUCCCAGCCAUCCUGUCUUUGGGGAUGUUCAUCGUCACCGCCCUGUACAUCACCGUCGGAGCACUGGGCUACCUGCGGUUUGAAGAUGGCAUCAAAGCCAGCAUAACCCUUAACUUGCCCAACUGCUGGCUGUACCAGUUGGUCAAAGUGCUCUACAUCAUGGGUAUCCUAUGCACCUAUGCCCUGCAAUUCUACGUCCCCGCGGAAAUCAUCAUCCCUGUCGCUGUCUCCCGGGUGUCCAAGCACUGGACACUGUCCGUGGACUUGUCCACCCGCCUUGCCAUGGUCUGCCUUACGUGCAUGCUGGCCAUCCUCAUCCCCCGCCUGGACCUGGUUAUCUCCCUGGUGGGCUCCGUGAGCAGCAGUGCCCUGGCCCUCAUCAUCCCGCCCCUGCUGGAGAUCACCACCUUCUACUCGGAAGGCAUGAGCCCCCUCACCAUCCUCAAGGACGCCCUCAUCAGCAUCCUGGGCUUCGUGGGCUUCGUGGCGGGGACCUACCAGACCCUGAACGAACUUAUCAAGCCUGGGGACUUUCUCUCCUUGUCCAACUCCACCACUUUUAUUCAGUGACAAGAGCUCCGUCCUCACUCGCGGUGACACACAACCAUAUGGUCUUUCCUAUACAUUGCCUUUGUAUCGUUUUCCUCUCUGGUCCAAGACACAGAAAAACAGAAAAGGACUCAUCAGCUACAACGUCUAAAUGGUCCUUUGUUGUGGGCCAGUGAGAUGGUUCAGUGGGUAAAAGCACUUGCUGCCAAGUCUGAUGACCUGAGUUCAAACUCCAG